AUGGGACAUGAGCAGUCGCAGGAGUCCCCAAAGACAGGAAGUGGACGGCUCGCCUGCCGCAAAGGCAUGCUCCAACUCUCGGAAGACUACAAGGUUGAGAAGCCACUUUUCAUCGAGGGACCGUGCAAUAUCACAGGACAAAGUAUACUGUCCUUGGAGGCCCCCAUUAGCUUCGGAGACAACACUCGCUUUGACGGUGCGGUGACCUUCGUGGCGAGCAAAAGCCUCCAGGGCCCGUGCGCGUUUGUAGCGGGGAGCAUGGCCGUAGAGCUAAAUGCCUCGGUCACUUUCAAGAAUUGCUUUAACCAUAUUGGCCAUGGCAGUGGCGGCGGCCUCCGAGUUUGGAACAACUUGAAAGUGCUUGGGGGUCACUUGGCCUUCGACGCUUGUGGUGCU